AUGGCUAAUUUAGUUAGGGCUAGUCUAUUGUUUGAUUUGCGGCUUUCCGAGUCCGGAAUAUGGACUGAAAUCCGGGCCUUAACUCCGUGUCAAAUGGGCACUCAGAUCAUAAUAAAAGGACCGGAUCUCACAUAUCCACGAUUGUCAUAUAUCGAAACGGAGUGCGCUCAAUAUCAGACAAGGUUAACCGUCCACGGAGUGUUCGUCAUUUAUUUGAUCAUCUUUUUCGUUGAUUUCCGCCACCAAGCAAUCAUGAGUAAGAUCCUUGUUGUUUUUGGGGCCACUGGCAACCAAGGUGGUUCGGUUAUAAACGCUGUCCUGGCCGACCCGGCUUUGAAGGAUCAGUAUCGUAUUCGCGCUAUCACUAGAAAUGCAUCGAAGCCGGCUGCUGUUGCAUUGCGUGAGAAGGGAGUUGAAGUGGUAGAAGCCGACGUGGCUAAUGGGGAAUCGAUCCGAAAGGCAAUGGAAAAUGCACACACAGUAUUUGCCAUGACGGAGACCAUUCAUGACGAAGAACUGGUCACGAGGGACUUAGCACAUGGCAAAGGAUUGGUGGAUGCCGCUGUCGCUGCCAACGUGUCUUUCUACAUUUACAGUACCUUGCCAAGUAUCAAACAUUAUUCUGGUGGCAAGUACCUCCAUGGGGACCAUUUCGAUGUGAAAUCUAAGGUGGAAGAUUACAUCAAAAAGCAAAACAUCAAAAGUGCUUUCGUCAGCCCCGGUUCGUUUAUGUCGAUCUUUCUGGAAUCAAUGGGCCCCGCUCCAUUGGGAAAUGGGACUUACGCUAUCAUGAAUGUGGUCAUACCACAGACCGAACUCCCCUUACUCGAUACGCUUGGGGAUAUCGGCAAGUUUGUCGCCCUAAUGCUGGCUGAUCCCAAGAAAUAUGAGGGCAAAGUCAUUCCAGCAGCUACGAAGCUUUAUUCUAUGCAACAAAUCGCGCAAAUCAUGGGUGAAGUCUCUGGAAAAGAGAUCCGCUAUAUUCAACAGCCACCAGAAGUCAUGAGGAAGUUUAUCCCUGCGAAUGCGGCGGACCGAGUCAUCGACAUGAUGCUUUACUUCCAAGAUUUUGGCUACUACGGCCCUAACACGGCGAAAGUGCUUGAAGAGAGCCAAGAAUUAGCUCCGAAAAACCUCACCACAUUUGAGGAGUUCCUUCUCAAGAAUAAAUGGACACUAUCCUGAGCUCUAGGUUACUCUGAUCCGACAUGGCUUUUGAUUGUUUCACGGUUCCUGUGUGUUGAUGUUCCUUGUAUGUAAAGUUACCUCCGUAUCCAGAAGCUCUCCUCUAAUCCUCGACGGGUGGGAGAAAAGGAAGAAGUAAGGGGUAAUUAUAAAACGAUCGAAAUAAGCUUAAGAUUCUUUUUGAAAUGUCUUGGAAUGUUGCUGAAAAGGAUAUGAUGAAUGAAAUAGAUUAAUACAAACUACUUUCCCAGAAUUUUUAAUUUCCCCCCACUAAACUUCCGACUUUUACAAUAUUGAAUUCUGCUACUGCCUUUGGAACAUAUGAUGGCAGUCGCAUUUCGACCUCGAUUUUAGGAUGAAAUUAGGGUAAAAGUGUUAAAAAAAAAAAAUAAAUAUGUAUAAUCAGUGAUCUUUAGUCACUAGCAGGUGGAAGAAUGUCCGGCUCUGGGCCAGCAGGAAUGACUCCAUUUCUCCCAACCGCAUUCAAGUAGCUCAACUUAUACAUUUGAAAAUCAGUUGUCAACUUGAAAGCUCCUCUGGUUUUUUCUGACUCAUCCCAGUAGAGAUUACGGUACCACUUGUCAAUAUUCGGAUAAUCAUGACGAAUCAUCUUCAGGUUGCAUUUGAAAAUCAGAUAAUAAGCGACGUCAAAGCGAGCGAUAGUUGUGUAUAAUCUGAUAUCAGUUUCCGUGAUAUGUUCCCCAAACAAAUACGGUUGAUUUUGAGGUUCAGCCAGAUGUUUCUCAACCCUAUCGAGAGCUUUGAACAAAGGAUAUACUCCAUCCUCGUAUGCUUGCUGAGUCGCUGCGAAUCCAGUCCUGUAGACUCCGUUGUUGAUGUAUUGAUAAAUCCACUCAUUCAUCGCAUCUAUUUUGGACCGCAAUUCUUCGGGGUAGAAUCCACAGCCAUUUGUAGCUGGAUGUCCUGAUUCUCUCAAUUGAGGCGGAAGCAAAUCAUCAAAUUCGGUGUAAAACAUCCGAAUUAUUUCACUGCUUUCAUUAUUAACAACGGUUUCUCGUUGCUUAUCCCACAGAACAGGAACACUAAAGCGCCCGUUGUAAGAAGGAGACGCUUUCACAUAUAGUUCUUUAAGGGUUUUGAAUCCAUAGAGUGGGUCCUUUUCCGCAGUGCCAAAACGGCCUGAGAAGUACCACCCUUCAGGGCCCCUUUCAGGGUCGAGUACUACCAUUUCAAUGACUGAUUCGAGGCCCUUGAUACGGCGUACGAUGUUGGUCCGGUGAGCCCAUGGACAACCAAGACUGAUGUAUAGGACAUAUCUGUCUUUUGCGGGCGGAUGAUCUGAGUCGGUAGCACGAGAGAUGAAUGAACGAAAGGCCGCCUCCGGUCGAUGGAAAUGACCGGUUUGAGUGAUUGCGGGAGAAUCGUGUGCCAUCUGAAGCGUAAAUUCGAAUUAGAAAUCAGCUUCAUUUCCAUUGUCUCUUUCUCCGUCAAAUUUUGGCGGGGAGCGCACAAUGACCCAAUCGACUACUCUCCUCGACUUGAUGAUAUGCUCGAAUUUAAACAAUGUGCAAGUGUGGGUUGGAUUAGAAAAAAAUAAGGGUUGGUCGAAAACAUGUACGCACCUUAUAUGCAAGCUAGCUCCAGCUUUCGGUGGCAGAAAACGGUGAUGAUAAGGCCAAUGAAUAUGAAAUCCUGGCGAAGGCAGUGACUGGAAAGGAAAUCUUAAGAUGCUGCGGCGAACAGGCGCAAUUUCAAGCAUUCUUCAGCUUCGUGUGGAACAAGAGAGCAAGGAUUUUCUUUCGAUGAAAAUUUGCGCAGGGCAGCUGAAUGGCUUUGCGUUCAUCCACCAGCGCCUUCGUCUCAC